CUUUUGCCUUCCUGCUGCACUGUCACAGCAUGGCUCAGAAGACCUCUUACUGGGACUGCUCAUUUCGUCUAUAAAUCUUCGAGGCCUACUAUAUAUAAGGAUAGCCAUGGAGAGCUCCACGGCGUGGAUAGAGGCUGUUACCCAAAGACUAAGCUCCACGUUGCCCCACAAGGUGGACCGAGGUCCAUGGAGUGCAGGAAACAGCAAGGUGCAGUAUAAAAACACUGGAGACUGUAUUGUGGGUCUGAGUCAACAAGAGUUCUCAACGGUUAUCAAUGGCAUCUGCUCCAUCAUUGCGGAACUGAUUCAGACUACUCCUCCUACCAAUGCCAAUAGCGUGGAAAAGGAAUCGUAUAUUCUGGUACUUGAAAUCCUUGCCUCCUGCCUGGCAAAGAAAGAGGGUACUCCAGUGGAGGAUGAUGAUGUUCACUCACUACUCUCUCUCUAUCAGAAGAUUACUCAACUCUGCCUCCUGCCAGGAGAGAAUGCUGGCUGCAUCAGGGAGAAAGCUCAGAGAGUACUGUUUUUUCUCUCAGGACUCCAUUUCCAUGGCAUUUUCAACAAAAUCAUUCUCAGGGUGACCUCAGUCAAUAGAGUACUAAGUUCUCAAGGAGGUGAUGCAGCCAGCUCGGAACUUUGCGUGAUUCAACUCAUCCUCCACCUCAACCUCAAUGCAGCUCGUCUCCAGCAGAUACUGCAAGUUAUGGUUACAAGCUUCAAGGACUUGAAAAAGCAGAAAAAUAUAUUCGUCACAAUCCCACCCAUUCUGCACAGGAGCAUAUGGAAUUUCAUUUCUGAAUAUCCCAGUCAGUUUAAUGACCUGCUCAACAAGGAGUACCCUUCAUUACCCAGAUCUGCAGAGAAGCUGUUCAUGAUGUGUGACGAGUACGCAGACAACCAGAGAAGAAAGAGCCAAGUGUGGCCUCUUCAAAACACUCUGCUGAUACUCUGCCCAAAUAUCCUGCGGGACAUAGCAGAGAGUGGAAUUGACAAUUCAAGUGGACCUCACAAAGCGCAGAGGGCUUUCCUGAGUGCUGUGAUGAAGGCACUGGCAUCCAUCAGUAAACAGAUGUGUGAGGCAGCCACAGUGUGUGGAGUGGACAUGUUCAAAGCCUGUGCUUAUGUUGGCGAUAGCAGUGCCCCUGUCUUCAGAUACUACCUCAACCUCAUCCAGGGAAACCUCCAGAACCUGCUGUUCAACCCUCAGCAGGGACUCUUCCUCCACCAGUCAUCCAGCACCCUGGCCCUCAUCCCCACAUUCACUGACCUCGGGAUGAUGGUGACCUGUCUCGUGGCCCAGUUCAGAUGCAACUACCGCAAUAGCCACAUCUUCUCUGUCUGUCUCAACCCCUCUUCCCCGCCCAUCUUCAGACUCGCAUUCAUUAGGAGUAUCCACACAUUACUGGAGCAGAAUACCCUACCAUCCUGGCCAGGUCCAGAGGCUGUUCAUACAUAUGCACCUCAGCUGAGAGAAAUAUUUCAGAAUGUCCUUCCCCAAUUGAGACGCUAUGACACGUCCCAGCCCAACCUGGCAUUUGACGUGAAGGCCUACCUCACUACCAGUGCUACAGCAGCCAGCAUGCUCACCAACAAGAACAAAGCCGACCGCAAGUCUCUGGUGGAGAUGAUUACCCACUACCAGCUGAUGGCUGGGCUCAUCAGGCUCUUUGAGAUAGACCCCAUGCUGGCUUUUGCUGCUCCCCCACAAGGUAAACAUGGUGUGACAGAGAGUCUCCAGUUGAUGGCAGGGCUGGUGAGCAUACUGCAACACCAGUCUCUGCCCAACAUGCCGCUGCAUGUCCAUGAUGUUCUGCUCACCCUCCACCGACCUGACAACAUAGAGCUGUGGGACCCGCAUGACUCCCUCUCUGCCUUCUGGGAGAUCAGCAACCAGGUGACGUAUUCCAUAGCACUGAAGCUGUUUGGCCGUAAGACAAGCAACCCCAUCCAGUUGCUUGGUCUUCUGAAGCAGAUCCUGCAGUAUCGUACUCACUUCCUCAAGAAGCGCAGCAGUGAGGCCAUGCAGAGCUCAUCCAGCAAGAUUGCUCCCCAGAUGUACACCAUGCUCGAGACAGUGCUCCUCCUCUUUAUCAGAAACACUAACGUGGAGGCUGUUACAAUUGCAAUGUCCUGUUUCAAGUACUUGGUACUGGAGGCUGAGCUCGUAAUGAACCCCAUGGAGCCCUCGGUUGUAACGUACUGCCCCAACCUCUUGGCCUACCAGCAGCUGGACCAGGCCAGCAGUGAGCCGCAGAUCGGUCGGGCCUCUCAGCAGAAGAAGGUGCGCUCAAUUCUUCGUGAGCUCGUCCACACUCCCGGCUCUGCCCUUGCAUGGGAGGACACUUACUCAUCGUGGAGAGUGACCAAGUCCAUUCUUCUGGCCUACCAGAAGGAAGAGGCAACCAACCCACCUGAUCUUCUCCGUUUCUCAACUGAGUCCUUCCCACGUCAGAUCAUGCGGCGAGUCAACACGCUGGCCCAGUCCUCGGCUCUUGGGACCGGGGGUAGCAGGGAGCAGGUGAGUGUGAGGGAGGGGGAGGACAUUACCAGCAGCCUCCAGAGCUGGACCAACAUGACUGGGUUUCUCUGCUCUCUUGCCGGCGUUUCCACCAAGCCUUCCAGUGGCUACUCUUUCCUCCUCAUGUCCACCAGCAACUCUUCAAUCAACUCUAUGGAUGGCGAGGUUAACCCUCCAACAGUGCAUCGAAACACUGGAACGUCGGUUGCCCCCACAAUUAAAGACCCUAAUCACCGAGUGCGGCGCAGCAGCAGUUACCACGGCGGACGUCCAAAGAGUGUUGUUAAUGUUAGUCCGGCUCGCACCAGUGCACUAGAGAGCAGCUGUGUCGUCCAUCCGUCGGCUCGGCUAAGUGGAGAGGGCAUGCUGGAGGACCCAAGUGGCACGCGCACCUCCCAAACGGAGACUUUCAUCUCCGAGUUGAUUUUCCUCCUCUCCUGCCACAACGAGGCUAUAGGUGUCAACAUUCGUGAAACAGUGAAAGAGCUUGUGAGUUUUGAGCUUAGUCCGCCCGUCUAUCCCUACCUGUUCCGGUGCAUGGUGGUGGAGACAUCUGGGAUCUUCAGCGACGGGAGGCUGGUUAUCCAGGAGAGACACACUGCUCUCAUUGACCAGCUGGUGUCCAUUGUCCACCAUAUCCUGGAGAGCAGAACAGAGGACGCCCUGGAGCAUCUGGCGCAUGUCAAGAUGGACGACCUCAUCAUGAAUUUUAUCAUAUAUGUGAAUAGUCUGGACAGCACUACCAGAUCCCUGACCAUCAGUGUGAAACUCUGUCAUCUGAUUGAAACGCUGAUGCAGCACAGUCGUGACCUGUCCUUCAGACAAGAGGUUCAGUUUCGAAACCAGGUGGCUGAGCACCUUACAGGCUGGGUGAAAGGUCAAGUAUGCCUAAGUGCAUCAAGUACAAGUCACAUGGAGAACGUUCAGAACACCAGCAGCAGAGGUGCUUUAUGUCCUCCACUCACAGGCAUGGAUACAAGAGUGCCAUGGUGAUCUGGACCUGGGUGCAAUGAAAGCUCUUGGACAGGUUCUCAACGGAUUGGUCCUUCAACCCAGGGGAAUGACUGGAGACAUCUUUGAGCAGAAAAGCAAGCUAUUUCAAAGAUACUUCACGAAGUUCAUGGACCUGAUCCAUUCCCUGAACCACGUUGACUGGUCUGUCCUGAGUCCUAUCCAUACCCACUCUCUGCAGAGACAUGUGGCCCAGCUCAAGGAGGCAACCAUUUGUGCCAUGGCCCACAUGCUCACAGCCAACAUUGAUAGCGGCCUUACUCAUGCCAUUGGUCUAGGAUACCAUGAGGACUUGAGGACUAGGACAAGCUUCAUUGAAGUGCUCACCUCAAUCCUGAAGGAAGGAGCCCAGUUUAGCUCCUUGGCAGAAACAGCUCUUGCUGAUAGACUUAAUCAGAUGUUGGAUCUGGUCACAACGGAGACUGCUGAUGGGGAUCUCCCUCUCGUUAUGGCCUUGAUUGACUCUGUACCUCCAGAGAAUGUUGAUGAACUAGCUGAGGUUCUCGUGACUCUAUUUGACUCCAAACACAAGCUUGCUCCAUUUCUCAUUUCCAUUCUUAACACAGAGAUGGAUGAUGCCGAAAGUGGACGUGUGGACACUUUGUUCCGUGGCAACACCAUAGCCUGCAAGGUCCUCUCCAGCUCCUUCAAGACCUUUGGUCUCUACUACCUCCAGUCCGUGGUGAGACCGCUCAUCCUCCAACUACUAAAGAUGGGUGACAAAGACUUCGAGGUGGACCCGGCCAGAAUGAGUGACACGUCCAGGCUGACAGAGAACCAGGCUAACCUCCUGGACCUGGUGCAGACAUUCUGCAGCACCAUCAUCAGUUCUCUCCCCAGUGUCCCCCUCCAGCUGAGAACUGUCUGCCACACCCUCUACUCUGUUGUGGCUGAGCAUUAUCCUGACGGGAGUCUGGACACAGUCAGUAGUGCGCUGUUCCUGAGGUUCAUCAACCCAGCCAUAGUGUCUCCUCAGAGCUACAACCUGGUCCAGGGGGACAUCCCCAAUGGCGCCAGGAGAGGCCUCACCUUCAUUUCAAAAGUGCUGCAGAAUCUUGCUAAUCACAUUGAGUUCAAGAAGGAGGCUCACAUGCAAGUUUUCAACCAGUUUCUGCGGGAUAACUUUGAACGCACCAGAAACCAUGCGCUCCACCUGUCAGCCAUGGGACCGUUCAAGGACGGAGAAGCUGUGGAGUACAUCAGUUUCUUGAAGGAGAGUCUGAAACAUAGACUCCACUCCCUGCUCUGGAGUCACCAAGACCAGAUGGCUGCCUACGCUGCCUCCACGAGGACCAGUGUGUCCGCCAGACAGCCAUUCCACCAGCUGAACACACUACUGGCUCAACUCGGAGCCCCCAACUACCGCAGGAAGAGAACCAGCUACACUAUCAAGAGAAGGAGUACGAUGGUGAGCAGUCAGCUGGAGGCGUUUCUAGAAACUAUGGCAGGAGAAUGUGAUGAAAAAGCCCUGCGUGCAAUCAAAGCCAGUGAUAUUUUCUAUUCGGGUGGAGUGUCAAAACUUGGAAAUCCCGUGUUUUACUUCAUCGCAAGGAAAUUCAGGGGUGACCAGAUAAGCUUUUCUCAUCAAAUGCUGUAUCACAUAAUGACAUUGCUGAAGAGCUGUACAGAUAAAUCAUUUGAAAUAGUCAUCGACCUGACACAGGCUACACAGAUCAACGAACCAGACUUGGAAUUGCUGGUAAAGUUUGCUGCCUAUGUUCCUGAGCUUGUCAUGUCUCAGAUUGAGGCUGUCUACAUCUACAACACCAACCUGGCCUUCAGGAACUAUGCCCACAAACUCUCCUCUGCAAUACGCAUCUUCUCACAUAUCAAGGGUGCUAAACGUGUUAUGCUUGUGGAUACAUUGAGCCAGUUUUCCUCUCACAUUGACAUCAGUGAGCUGAAGCUUUCUUCGGGGACCAUGGUGUUUGAGGAAGAAGAGGGGAAGGUUGAGUUCAAUCAAGCACAUUUCUUGGUGACUAAGGCAAAGACGUUGAUGGUGUUGCAAGUCCCAUCACGACUUCAAGUGUGUCCUCACGGCCUAGUGGUGCACAUGACUGAGAAGAUGAAGGUGUUUGAGUCGUUGGUGUUGAUCAAGGAGAUUUACCACAUAUCUGACAUCAGAGAGGUUUAUAGUGAGGAUAAAGAGAGUCUGACAGUGCGUCUUGUGGAGGGCAGCCACCCUCUCAAGUUCACAGUCAACAAAGUAGAGGAGGUGGUGAAGGCAAUUGGCACUGUGAUCAGCAGAUGGCAAAAUCAACAGCCAAGCCGCUAUAUGUCUGAGCGAAAGCUUGAACCUAAAGAUGUUCCUGGCACCUUUCUUAACCUUGCACUGCUAAACCUUGGCAGUACUGAUGCUGACUUGAGGGUAGCUGCCUAUAAGCUACUGUCGGGAGUCAAGCAGGCCUUCCACCUCAGAAUCAGCUACCAGCUUGAGUCUUCACAUGAUCUGUGUGUGCCCAUGAACACUGCACCGUUUGUGAUGACAGUGAGCAGGGAGCUGGCCCAGAAGGAGCCUCACCUGACUCUGGAGUUCCUGUCAGAGGUUGUGGCCGGCUUCCAGCAGUACACUCCCGCCUUGAAACAGUUCUGCCUGGCCUACAUGUCUCCCUGGCUCCCUAACCUCUCCCUCUCCCUCUUUGAGGCCACAGCCACUGACCACGAGAAGCUGAUGCGCCUGGUAGAUAUGCUGGUGGCUCUCUCGAUCUCAGAAGAUGCCAUCUACCCUCUGAUACAGUCCUUUGUCUGGGACAAGAUAGGAGGCGAGCCCAGACUGCUCAAGAGGGUCCUCGACAGCUUCAUUAGAAUGAGUAUCUCAGACGGACUGGGCAGCAGGAAACUGGAAGUAUUAGCAGACACAGCUGUGACUUUGGAACAGAGCACAGAUGGAGCGGUUACCACAGAAGUCAUAAAGAAGAUCCUUAAGACUAUAGCACACACAAGUGAUAAAGUGACUCAGAGUCUGGAGCAACACUUUCUGUGGUCAGAGCUGACUGUCCUGUCUCGUUUCCUCCUGGCUCUCUCUUGCAACAACCCUCGAAAUGCUGUGAAGAACCUGACGGAUGUGUUCUACCUGUGUAUCAUCAUGAUGGGAAAUGGACCCUCUUUUGUGAAGGCAACAAUCCAUGGAAUAGUCCUGAACACUGUGCAAAGCCUGGCCUCUGUCCCUGAAAUCAUGGCUAAUGAAGAGGCUACAAAGUCAGUGUCUCUGAAACUGGCUGAGAUUUCAGAGCCAAAGUUCUACCACCAAUUUGGAAUCCAGAAGCGAGCUUCUUCACUGGCCUACCAGAGGUCAGUGCAGCCAGGCCGCGGACCAGCCUUAGAGCUAGGCCACCACGGCUCUCCCAGCUCUACCUGUGUCACAGCCAUCACCCAGCACCUCCUGGACCUUGUCAACGCCACCGCCCACCUCAUACCUGAGUGUACCUGGAUGCAACGCUGGCAGAAACUAGCCAGACGGACAUCAUUCCACUAUAACCCAGCUCUCCAGACCAGGUCGUUCCUGAUGCUAGGGGUCAUCAGUAACAAGGCCUCACUGUCACUAGUGACUCGGACACUGCGUGUCCUGGAGGAGACACUGGGCAGACGUGAGGACGAGGUGUAUCUCCUGGAGAGUAUCACCAUCUGUCUCACCGCUUUUCUGCCUCUGCUGGAAGAGGGUUCUAAACUGAUAUAUCACUUCUUCUGGGUAGCCGUGGGGAUCAUGCAGCUUGGUGAGGCCACACUUUAUGCCGCAUCACUGGAACUAAUGGAGGCCUGCAUUAAGAAGCUAACGUUGAUGAAGGUGUUUGAGAAACAGACACUGACAAGUGCAAUGCAACCAUCACGAGAAGAGCUAGAGUGGCCUCUGUCGCAGAUGGAUAGAGAAGUUGGAAUCUCAUUUUCAUCAGACUUCAACUUCUCUCUAGCUGCACUCCUUUAUAAAGGCUUCUCCCACCCACUCUCCACCGUCCGCACAAGAACACAGGAGCUACUCACUACACUCUUUUUUAUACACAGUCCUGAUGUCUCAGGUGGCCGCAUAGAGGUGUACCAGGACAACCUAGCCUAUAUCACGGUACUCUUCCCUGAAAGUGAGAUAGUGAGGAAGCACUUGCGGGAACCUCGACCGAGGCUCAAGACACUGGCCUCCAGUCUGGAGGACAGCCCUACUCACUCCUCGUACAAUACUCUCCUUUCCUCUCAUGCAGUACCCUCUCAAAAGCAGCAAAUACUAUUCCUUUUUGUCCUAGCCUGUGCUCUGAUCAACACUCAGGAUGAAAAGAAGACACAAAUACUCUACGAGUUCCUAGCCAAUGCCAGCAAAGUCUACUUCAAUGUCUUUCCUCUCAUACGCAGUGUGCUGAUGCAGAACCUUGUGCUGACUCUUCAGCAGAGCCAGUCCCCGCAUGUUCUGAGUGCAGUCCAGCAGCUUGUGAGUGUGGCAGUGGAGAGAGUUCCGUCUGACACUGACUGCAAACUCACUGUCAUCAAUGAUCUUGGAUUUGGUGGAGUCCGAGAAUUUUUCAACCCAUUCCCCAAGCAUGGUUUGGUGUACCCGACCAGCCAGGGCACUUUGCUGCAAAAGUACCUGGAGACGUUGGUAGCCCACCUCUCUCCUAGCGAGGAGUGUGUCAGCAAAUCACACUCCCUCUCCUCGAUGAAGGACUUUGCCACAAAUGGCAGUACAAACUACCCACUCUCAGGCUCAUCUGCCCUGCGCCGUUCUUCUCAAGCAAUUCCUCCGUCCCACAAUCACCAACGUACGGGAAGCGGACCUAGUCCAAAUAAGACUCCCCAAGAGACCGAUACCUUGGACCCUGAUGACACUGAUUUCUGACAAUACUGGUUCAAAUCACUAAUAACCCUUCCUUUGUCUCAGUGUGUGGCAGUGCCUAUUUUUAUUUCGUGUGUUCAUAAUCACCUCCAAGUACAUUAUUAUGUCUCCUUUUGGUUUUUAUAAUCUCUUUUCGCUCUGCUUAAUCUCACAUCUUGCGCUAUGACUUCCGCAACAAGGACUAGUUUAUUGCGUAUGAUAAAGAAAUCAAGAUUAAAAAAAC